UAUGAGCUAUAAUAUAAGCUACUUUCAUUACUUGUUGUAAUUAUUCCGCUACUUCCCCUAGACAUCUUAAAACUUACUGUUGCAUAUACUACAAACCCACAUUGUACUGCACUAUAUACUACAAGCGGGAUUGUUACAAAUGGGGGCCUGUCCGGGAAUUUUUAUUCACUAUUAAUACCAUAUCUAAAUACCAUGACUUAUUUCCUAUGAUUAAUUUUGCUAAAUAUCUUGUAACUAGCAACAAUAAUUUGUUGAGGUUUACCUAAGAGUGGUUAUAGUACUUUGCUAUUUCUCGUAACCAGUCAGCAUUUUGCAACUGGCCAUUGUUAAAGUGUUGCACAAUCAACAGAUAAAUUCAAUGUUAGUUCAUAUAUAUAUCCUUGUACAAUUCGGCUUAUCUGAGCUUGAAUUUGAGUAAGCAUCUCCCACUUUAGCCGACCUGAGAUUCCUUAAGAGCCGACAGAGCUCGCCGUAAUUCUAGUUUUAGUUUACUACGCAUGGUAAACUACACUCGGUUGUAAGUGUGACCGCCUAUGAACGAGUUUCUCUGAUAUAGCUAAGGUUCGAGAUUAUAUUAGGUGGGAAUAUAUCUUGACCGGCUUUUAGCUUCACUGGCACACUGCAAUUCGAAGUCUUGUACUACUUCAUUAAUGUAAUGUAGUCUCGUCAUAAUUCAAAUUCGUCUUUUAAGCAAUUUUGUUUAGGUUCGUUAAUCUGGGAGACGAUCUGGACAAAUUCUUCCCAGUCAUUUUAUGGGAGCUAGAAGGCAGAUGGUGGCUUUGCCAAUAUAGCCGCUUGAUUAGAUGUGUUUGAGUUUCUUUAAAAAUACUGCAAUAAUUAUUAAUUCUAACAUAACUCGCCACCUCUCUGUAAACUCAUAAAUUGUAAAGCAAGAAUUAAUUCUAAUCUGGAACCUUUUUGCUGUAAACAUGGUUUUCGAUGUUCAUGAUUUCAUAGCCAACCCUUCAGUGGAAGUCUUAAACUCGGCAAAUCCUUGUAAAGAUGAUUUCAUAUACAUGGCUAGACACUGGGGAAUCAAUUAUCAGAAAGAGGCCACUAAAGCUCAAUUUAAAGAUCUUAUAAUAGAACAUUUGCAAGAGCUGCAUGAACCACAGGCUUAUCCUCUUGAAAAUAUUGACCUUGAUACUAGUAAUCCUUCACAAUUACUAGAAAUAGAGAAAUUAAGAUUUCAAAUAACUCAAGCUAAGAUUUUAAGUGAGGAAAGACUGUCUAGAGCUAGAGAAGAAGAGCGUGAGAGAGAGAGACAGUUUCAAAGGGAAAGAGAAGAAAGGCAGUUGGAACGCGAGGAAAACCAAAGAAGACACGAACUUCAAAUGAUGGAAAUGAAAGUAAAAAGUCAAGGGAAUUUUGAUUUUGAGAUUAGUAAAUGUAUAAAACUAACUCCCGUAUUUGCAGAAGAUAAUCCUGAGGGUUUCUUUAGAGAGUUUGAGACCAUAGCCAAACAUUUUAAUUGGCCUGAGGAACACUGGGUUUGGUUAAUAAAGCCAAAACUGUCAGGUAAAGCUCUGAAAGUAUGUGAAAAUCUUAAUGAUAAUACUGAUUAUGAAGAAGUAAAAUGUGCUAUUCUAGCUGCUUAUUCCAUAACCACUGAAGGAUAUCGGCAGGCUUUCAGGAACAUGAACAAAUCUUCCAGCCAAACAUAUGUUGAAUUUGCCUCGGAGAAGCUUAGAGCUUUUAGACGGUGGAUAAAGUCUGCUUCAGUCAAUAAUUUCGAUCAACUUUGCAACCUCGUAGUUUUAGAGGAAUUCAAAAGAAAGGUUCCAUAUUCUGUUAUGAUUCACCUCACGGACAAGGAGGAAAAAGACCUCCACGAAGCAGCUAAGGCAGCAGAUGUGUUUUCUUUAGUCCAUCGUAGUAUACCGGGGGAGAAAAGAAAAGCAAAUAUUGUAAAGUCAUCUGUAGGUUUCAAAUAUAUGGAGAAUAAUAGCAGUGGACAGUAUCGGCCUAAUACCCAGAUAUCUACCCUGUACUGUAAAUUUUGCAAAAAGGAGGGUCAUUUAAUUAAAAACUGCCCACAUCCAAAAUGUAAGGUGGCAAAAGAAGCAAAAGAUUACAAUUUUACAAAACCUGUGGCUACUACUAACUUUACUAAUAAACUGUUUCAGGAAGAUCCAUUUAAAGCAUUCCGAUCAAGGGGUCACGUGUUCAGCAAUUCGGGUGGUAAUAGAUAUCCAAUAGAUAUUGUCAGAGACACGGCUUGCGCACAAUCACUCGUACUGAAGAGUGCUCUGCCAGAUAUUGAAAGCUGCUUAACAGGUGAGAAAGUCUGGCUUGAGUUUAUUGAAGGAUGUGCUCCUAAACAGCUUGCUGAAAUCCACUUGGAUUGUGAUAUGGUAAAAGGACCAGUAACGGUUGGUGUUGUAGAUAAAAUACCGAUUCCUAAUGCAAGUUUUCUCAUGGGUAAUGACUUAGCUGGGGACUUAAUAAUACCAGAAUUAAGAGUAACUGACACCCCUUUACUGUAUAAUAAUACAACUGAACUUGAAAUGGAACAGCCAUAUCUUUUCCCUGGCUGUGCAGUAACAAGAUCCAAAGCAAAGAAUAAUGGGGAUGAAUCUUUAGCUUCUUUCAAACCUAACUUGGUAAACCAUGAUAAUCAACCUAUAACAAAGAAAAUAACUGAUAAUUUAAUUUCAAACAUGAUGACACCAGAAAAGCUAAUUGAAGCACAGAAAUGUGAUGAAUCUCUUAUAAGAUGUCACAAUGAAGCUUGUGAUGGUACAGUUGUUAAAUCUCCUAGUUUUUACUACAAAGAUAACGUACUGAUGAGAUUCUAUCGACCUCCUAAUCUGUCUGUAAAUGAUUCAUGGUCUGAGAAACAUCAGAUUGUCCUGCCACAGUCUAUUAGAAAGAGUGUAAUGGAGAUCGCUCAUGAAGGUUUUGGUGGACAUCUCGGGAUCAGGAAAACUUGUCAGAAAAUCUUAAAUGAUUUCUUUUGGCCUGGACUUAAACAGGAUGUCACUAAGCACAUAAAUUCAUGUCAUGUGUGUCAAGUAGCUGGGAAGCCCAAUCAAACUAUUCCUCCUUAUCCUCUCCAACCCAUUCAGGUCCCAUGUGAACCUUUUCAAAAAAUUAUCAUUGACUGUGUGGGGCCUCUACCAAAAACCACAAAAGGGAAUCAAUAUAUAUUAACUGUAAUGUGUCCCACUACUAGGUAUCCAGAAGCAUUUCCACUUAAAAAUAUUUCUGCUAAGAGUAUUUGUAAAAAUCUUGUACACAUGUUUACAACUUUUGGUAUCCCACAGGAAGUACAGUCUGACAGAGGUAGCAACUUCACAAGUGAACUCUUCUCUAAGGUACUCCAAGAACUGGGUAUUAAGCAGACCCUUUCGACUGCAUAUCAUCCUGAGUCGCAAGGAGCCCUGGAGCGUUGGCACCAAACACUAAAAUCUAUGCUCCGCAAGUUCUGUCUGGAGAAUCAGAAAUGCUGGGAUGAAGGUAAAUGCAAUGUUAUCAAGCAUGAUAUUGAACUAGUGCCAGGUACACUUCCCAUACGGCAAGCACCUUAUCGUCUUAACCCUGAGAAAAAGCAGCAAAUGAGAGAGGAAGUGAACUAUCUACUGCAGAAUGGCUUGGCAGUACCAAGCUCGUCACCCUGGGCUUCUCCAUGUCUACUAGUGCCAAAGGAAGGUGGACAACUUCGUAUGUGUACAGACUAUAGGCGGCUGAAUGUAGUAACUAUUCCUGACUCUUACCCCCUCCCUAGAGUUGAUGAUCUCAUUGAUGCAGUUGGUCAGUCUAAAUAUUUAUCAAAAAUUGAUCUUCAUAAGGGAUUUUAUCAGAUAAUGCUAACUGAAAAAGCUCGAGUUACAUCUGCAUUCAUCACUCCAUUUGGACUUUACGAAUAUUUAGUUAUGCCAUUUGGUAUGAGAAACAGUCCUGCUACAUUUCAGCGUGUUAUGAACUUUACAUUGCAAGGAUUAGAUGGUAUUCACGUAUACUUAGAUGACAUUUUGAUUCUUUCAGAAACUUGGUCUCAGCACUUAGAAAGUUUGUCGUGUGUUUUGCAGAAAUUACAAGAUGCCAAUUUGACAAUAAGGUUAGCGAAGUGUACAUUCUGCAGUGCCACGGUAACGUAUUUAGGACAUAUUGUUGGAAAUGGGAAGGUUAAACCCAAGACCGCAAACAUCGAAGCUAUCCUGAACUACCAAGUUCCAAACACUCGGAAAUCCCUCAUGCGCUUCCUUGGCAUGGUGGGAUUUUACCGUCGCUACUGCCCAAAUCUAGCAGAAGUCGCUGCUCCGCUGACGCGUCUGACCAGCCAGAAAGUGUCUUUUUCCUGGACUUCAGAAUGUCAGAGGGCUUUCGAGAGGCUGAAGCGGUUCCUUUCCAGCGACCCCGUGUUGGCAGCUCCAGAUUUCCAGAAGCCCUUCAUCCUGCACACAGAUGCCAGUGACAUAGCUACCGGCGCCGUCCUCCUCCAAGAAGAUGACGAGGGUGUUCUACAUCCAGUAGCUUACCACUCAGCCAAGCUUUCCAAGCAUCAGCUAGCAUAUAGUACCAUCGAGAAGGAGUUACUCGGAAUCAUAACUGCAAUCAAGAAGUUCGAGUGUUAUCUGUAUGGUGGUGCUCAUCCUGUUCAGAUCUUCACUGACCACAAUCCGCUGACCUUCCUGGAGAAGAACAAGUACUCCAAUCAGCGAUUACUGAGAUGGUCGUUGUCACUUCAGCCUUAUCAUCUCCAGGUACAACACAUCAAAGGGCGUGACAAUAUAAUUGCAGAUGCGCUCUCCAGGCCAUAAAUUUGAAUUAAUUACUUCAAUCAAAUCUUAGAAGAUUUGACUUCUGGGGGGUGUUAUUACAAUCUCCUCAAAUUCACGGCCUGUGCGUACAAAGUGAUAAAAAAAAAGCGUGUUCGAAACUAGUGUGCGUAUUGUGCGUCGAGUAUGAUGAUUCGCGAACCCGAUGUUCCGAAGCGGGGGGCGCAGCAGUCUA